UAGGGUGGGGACUGUAGAAAGGGGCGGAGAGAUCCAGGAGCUGCCUAGCCGGGAGCUGAGCUGAGGUUGGCUGAGCCCUGGGACAGCCUGCACAGCAGCUCAGGAUGGCAUCAGGCAGGGCACGUUGCACCCGAAAGCUCCGGAGCUGGGUGGUGGAGCAAGUGGAGAGCGGGCAGUUCCCAGGAGUGUGCUGGGAAGAUGCGGCCAAGACCAUGUUCCGCAUUCCCUGGAAGCACGCAGGCAAGCAGGACUUCCGGGAGGAUCAGGAUGCCGCCUUCUUCAAGGCCUGGGCGAUAUUUAAGGGAAAGUACAAGGACGGGGACUCGGAAGGCCCUGCUAUCUGGAAGACCCGUCUGCGCUGUGCUCUGAACAAGAGUUCUGAGUUCCAGGAGGUUCCUGAGAAUGGCCACAGGGAUGGGGCUGAGCCCUACAAGGUGUACCGGCUGCUGCCACCCGGAACCCUCCCCGCUCAGCCAGGGACCCAGAAAUCACCGUCAAAGCGACACCACAGUUCUGUGUCCUCUGAGAGGAAGGAGGACGAGGUUACCACGAAGAACUGCAUACUCAGCCCCUCCUUGCUCCAGGACCCCCUCAAAAAUGAGCUGGUGGAGACCAGUGGGGGAGCAGCCUACUCAGACUCCGGGAGCAGCAGCAGCGGCAACAGCCCUGAGCCUCAGGAAGGUAGGGACACAGCUGAGGCCCCUCUCCAAGGAGAUCUGGUGUCCCCAGAGCUUCUGCCCCCUCCAGGUUCAGACUACUCUCUGCUGCUCACCUUCAUCUACGAUGGACGUGUGGUGGGUGAGGCCCAGGUGCAGAGCCUGGACUGCCGCCUCGUGGCUGAGCCCUCGAGCACCCAGUACGGCAUGGAGCAGGUGAUAUUUCCCAAACCCGGCCCACGAGAGCCCACCCAGCGCUUGCUGAGCCAGCUCAAGAGAGGGGUCCUGGUGGCCAGCAACUCCCGAGGCCUCUUUGUGCAGCGCCUUUGCCCCAUCCCCAUCUCCUGGAAUGCGCCCCAGGCUCCACCUGGUCCAGGCCCGCACCUGCUGCCCAGCAACGAGUGCGUGGAGCUCUUCAGAACCGCCUAUUUCUGCAGAGACCUGGCCAGGUACUUCCAGGGCCUGGGCCCCGCACCCGAGUUCCAGGUGACACUGAAUUUCUGGGAGGAGAGCCCUGGCCCCAACCACACCCCACAGAGUCUUAUCACAGUGCAGAUGGAACAGGCCUUUGCCCGACAUUUACUGGAGAAGACUCCAGAGGAUCAGGCAGCCAUCCUGUCCCUGGUGCAGAGCGUGGAGGACCCGGCCUCCUUCUCCUCUCUCUGUUCCUCCUAUCUGCUUUGAGAGAGCCUCUUCCUCCACACUCUUGACCUGCCUCCCACGGUGAUCAUUCUCAUUGGUUGUCUGUGGUGAUUUAGUCCUUGAACUCCUCAUAGACCCUGGUUGGUGGGGAACUCAAGGAUGACUUUUUUUUUUUUUUUUUUUAAUUUUGAGAUAUACCCUCUUUCGUCUCUGAGGAACUGAACUGGACAAGUCCAGAUGGCGUGAACUCAGGGGACCUUUCCCUCUGCCCGCAACCCUAAAACCUAGCACUUUAUAUUUUCUUAGAUCUUCACUAAGGAUUGAAAAUAAAAUUUUAUUGAAAAGGAA